AAGAACCAGAAGAAGCAGUCAUGGCUUCACCUCACACUGACCUGGAAGAAAACCUGAAAUGCUGUAUUUGUUUUGGAAUCUUUAAGGAUCCAGUGGUUCUGCAGUGUAGUCACAGUUUCUGCAAGCAUUGUCUCGAGGUAACCUGGUGUCAGAAGGUGGUGAAGGAAUGUCCACUCUGCAGACAUGUUACAAAAUACUCUCCACUGAAAAAUCGGGCUCUUAAGAGCGUGUGCGAGUCUUUCAUGGAGGAGAAGAGACGCAGGAUAUCGGCAGAAAAUCAAGGUGUGCUCUGUGGUGUCCAUGGUUCAAAGCAUGAGCUCUUCUGCACAGAUGACCAGAAGCUGGUGUGUAUGGAAUGUGUGUCUCAGGAGCAUCAAGACCACAACUUUUGCUCCAUCAAAAAAGCAGCUGAGGAACACAGGGCCAGCCCCUGGAGCAGAAAGGGUUAAGGGCCUUGCUUGGGGACCCAACAGUGGCAGCCUGGUGGUCCUGGGGUUUGUACCACAACCUUCUGAUCAACAACUUAGAGCCUUAACCACUUAUCAUGCCUGAUUUUUUUUAUUUUUAUUUUAUUUGCAUGUGGUCCUUCCCCAUGACACAAGGUCUUAACACAAUUGCGUUGGUUGUCUUUGUACAACAUUAAAAUGUAGGAUUAUAUAACCAUAGGGUUGGGCAACUGAGAUCACUAAUGGGGCUGAAUGAACAGAAAUUUCCAGUCAUGCUUGUAAAGGCUCCAACCGAAGUUCCACCUCAAAGCCACCAGAGGGAACCCUCCCCCGAGUACUAACCACUUCCGGGUUACAGAAGCACUACCAGUUUAUUCUGCAUUUACACUGAUGUUUUGUUUUGUUUGUCCUGACAGUAUUACCAAGCCAUGUAUUGUUUUCUGCCAUUAUUUCUCAUGUGUAUGACCUUGUUCCUGUCUUUGGAUCUUUGCGCUUUUCAGUUGUGUUAUAGAUUUGUUUGCAUAGCAGAUUGAUCUUAAGUUGGCCUGUUACCAUUUUUGCCUCUGCCUGUUGAAGUGGAUUAUAAUGCUAAGUCCUUCAAUAAAACUCUGCAUAUGAUUUAAACUAUCCAAGUGUCAGCCUCCACGUUACAGGAUACUUACUAACUCAUAUGGAUGGCGACAAGGGAAACGUGAUUUAAUUCACUCAUCAGCCUGAGGCCUAUGGAGAGGAGGCCACCAGGUGUGCUUUCCUAAGGUCUCUACUCACCAGGAGAGCUCUGGACUGGGCUGUGGCAGUCUGGGAUAAUGAUAUUCAGGUGCACACUUCCUCCUUGUACUUCACCCAGUAAAUUCGCAAUGUGUUUGAGUACCCAGCGGGUGGAUAAGACAGGACACCACGACAGCUGCCAGACUCCUUGAACCCUCACCCAUGCCUCAAAGCUCCUGGUUGCAUCUCACAGUAGACUUUGUCACAGACCUGCCAGACUCCCAAGGCCAUACAACCAUAAUGGUUAUCGUGGAUCACUUCUCAAAGGCCUGCAGGCUGCUAUGCCUGAAGGUAUUCCCCACUGCCAUGGACACUGCUAAAGCCUUAGUCAACCAUGUCUUAUGAUUAUACGGCCUCCCUAAGGAUAUUGUGUCAGAUCGGGGGGUCCAGUUUACCUUGAGGGUUUGGGGAGUUUUUUUGCAAGCAGCUCGGGAUCAACAUCAUCUCUGGCUACCAUCCACAAGCUCAUGGCCAGGUGGAAUGCCAAAAUUAAGAAUUGGGCCACUACUUGAGGUUGUACUGCAGUCAGGACCAGCUCCAUUAGUGUGAGUGCCUGCCGGGGGCAGAAUAUGUCGAAAACUCCUUCACCUGCUCGUUGACUGGGCUCACUUCCUUCCAGUGCAUUCUGAGCUACCAGCUCCCAUGGUCCAGGAAGCCCUCAGAUGUAGUUUCUGUGGAUGACUGGUUCCAGCUGAGCUGAGAAGUUUGGGAAAGCGCUCAUGUCUGCAUUACAGAUUCAUCUUCUGUUUUUUGGACUCUCUGCCUGUUGUUACCGUUUUUGCCUCUGCCUGCCAAAUUGGAUUAUAUUGCUAUAUUGCAACAUCUAGUUGAAAGACUUCCAGAAGAAUGGAGGCUAUUAUUUAGAAUGAGAUAUUUACUGCAUGUAGAUGUGCUACAAAUUGUUUAUUCAAAGUGAUAUAUA